AGCGGCGGCCGGGAGUGAGGCGCAGCGGCAGCGGCAGCGGCAGCGGCGGCAACAAGUGCUGGAGCUGAGGCGCCCGGAGCCGCCCCGACCCCGCCGGGCCCGCCUCGCGCAUGGAGCAGGAGCGGCGGCGGUCGCGGGGCUGAGCCGCAGGCGCGGCUGGGACGUGGAUGCGGCCGCGGUCUCCCGCCCCGCCCCGCCGAGCUGGAGCUGCGCCUGGACAAGAUAUGAGAAAUGAGUGUUGGACGUCGAAGAAUAAAGUUGUUGGGUAUCCUGAUGAUGGCAAAUGUCUUCAUUUAUUUGAUUGUGGAAGUCUCCAAAAACAGUAGCCAAGAAAAAAAUGGAAAGGGGGGAGUAAUAAUACCCAAAGAAAAGUUCUGGAAGAUAUCCAGCCCUCCCCGGGCGUACUGGAACCGAGAACAAGAGAGACUGAACAAGUGGUACAAUCCCAUUCUGAACAGGCUGGCCAACCAGACAGGGGACCUGUCCAUGUCUCCUAACACAAGUCAUCUGGGCCACUGUGAACCUGACCCAAGGGUCAUGACAGCUGUGACAGAUUUCAGUAACCUGCCGGACAGAUUUAAAGACUUCCUCUUGUAUUUGAGAUGCCGAAAUUACUCACUGCUUAUAGAUCAACCGAAGAAAUGUGCAAAGAAACCUUUCUUACUGCUGGCGAUUAAGUCCCUCAUUCCACAUUUCGCCAGAAGGCAAGCAAUUCGGGAGUCUUGGGGCAGAGAAACUGACGUGGGGAACCAGACAGUAGUGAGAGUCUUCUUGUUGGGCAAGACACCCCCAGAGGACAACCACCCUGACCUUUCAGACAUGCUGAAGUUUGAGAGUGAGAAGCACCAGGACAUUCUCCUGUGGAACUACAGAGACACAUUCUUCAACCUGUCCCUGAAGGAAGUGCUGUUUCUCAGGUGGGUGAGCACUUCUUGUCCAGAUGCGGAGUUUGUUUUCAAAGGUGAUGAUGAUGUGUUUGUGAACACUCAUCACAUCCUGAAUUACUUGAAUAGCUUAUCUAAGAACAAAGCCAAAGAUUUGUUUAUAGGUGACGUGAUCCACAAUGCUGGGCCUCAUCGGGAUAAGAAAGUGAAGUACUACAUCCCAGAAGUCUUCUACACUGGGGUCUACCCACCGUAUGCAGGGGGAGGUGGAUUCCUGUACUCUGGCCCCCUGGCCCUGAAACUGUACAAUAUAACUGACCGGGUCCACCUCUACCCCAUAGAUGAUGUUUAUACUGGAAUGUGCCUUCAGAAACUGGGCCUUGUUCCAGAGAAACACAAAGGCUUCAGGACAUUUGAUAUUGAAGAGAAAAAUAAAAAAAAUAUUUGUGCAUAUAUAGAUCUAAUGUUAGUACAUAGCAGAAAACCUCAAGAAAUGAUUGAUAUUUGGUCUCAGUUGCAAAGUCCUAAUUUAAAAUGCUAAUGUAUAUCUGUGCUACCUACAUUUCACAGAGAGGCCUAUCCUGUCUAGUUCCCACGUUGUGCUUUCACAGUAGGGCAACUUCUGUGUGAAAUCAUCAGCCUUGAUGAGUAGCAUCUGGGCCUUCAAGCCCUUCAGUUCCAUACCUUUGUGGCCAGAGAAAAGCUGAAGAUAAUUCACCAUGGCAGGAUGAUUAGUUCUGACCCUUCUUCUGGCUGGCUGCUGGUUCUCAGUUUCUAAUUUUUCUUUCUCCAAAAUCAAGUUUAGAAUUUGACCAUGAAGAUCUUUUUUUGUCUUUGUAAUGGUAUACUCCUAUUCCUAUUACAACCGAUUGGCUAAUUUUGAUUUUGUAGGGCAUGAUCUGAUGUUUUUAUGAAAUGGAAUUAUGUUUAUUUUCAUAAGAUUUUGAUGAAUUUUUAAAAUUGUCUAGAAAGUAGACUGAUGUCAAAAUUCCUGUCACCCCAACAGUAUUCUCCUUGUUACUAGAAUCCGUCACUUUCUUUACAGCAUGAGAAGGGCAGAGGAUUUUCUUUUACUUGUGUUUGGUUGCUGGGUGGCAUCAUGAUAGCUAGCCCAGUUUUAGUAUUUUGGAAAUCCUGGUGUGAUUCCCUAAUGGCCAACUGAAGACUGAGUAGCCCGACAGCCAUAUGGGUUUGUGAAUGUUCACUGUGGGUCAGGGAACUCUUUGUGACUUUUGAACUUGAAAUGAAAAGAUAGAAUUUGAAGGCAUUUGCUUAAGUGGUUUGUCACUUUAAAACUCCAGGAUUCUAUUCUUGCCAUAUUCUCACACAUUGCUUAGAUGAAGCUCUUCCGGGUAGUGAUGCUUCCCUGUCUCAGUGUAGAAGUGCCUGUGUUUUUAUUUAUUGUUCAGAUCAAAGACCAAAACAUUUUCUUAA